AGGCGCAUUACGUGCUUUGAUUCUCCCGGGGAGAAACGGUUGGCAGGUGAACGGUUGCGGCCCGAACCGAGCGCGAGCAGAAGUUUCGACGCGCGGUAACGUCGCGCAUGCGUACCGAUGGUUUUGGCGGGAAACGAAUGUCAAAUGUCCGAAAAUUAAAAUUAUUAUUUUCUUGUGCUAGUGAUUUAUUGUAAUUGAAUAAUAAACAAGAACAUAAAGUUUUUAAUUUAUACUUUUCAAGUAGCAGCUUUUCAAAACAAACCCACUUCUCGGAAAUAUGAUGGCAUCAAACAAAAUGUCUAAGAGCACAUUCAGCGUACUGUUGCUGUUACAACUGACAGCGCAAGCUUUAGCGGGAACUCAGUUCGCUUCUCAUGUCAGCGUGAACACACCCGCGCGAAGCUUCACGCACGGGGUCGGUGACCCCUUGCCAUUGCUUGCACGGCGAAACAGCAACCGGCAAUCUUCCUUCCGAAACUUACCAGCACCACACCAGCCCAGAGGGACAGGCUAUCCCCGAAUGAAGCCAAGAAUACCGUUCAACAACGAAGACACGUUUCGCGAGAACUCACUGCACGGAUCACCCUGGCAGCACAACAAUUACAUGGAUGUUGCGAUUCCCGUUCUACCUCCAUCGCCGUACAAAGUAGACUCACCAGACCCCGAAUCAUUGUGGCCUGAAGGUCUGUUCAUACCGCCGUUUAACGCGCCACGAUUUGGGUCUACCAACCACCGCCGCAGUGAGGUAUUGUCAGAUGCAGAAUCUUUGGACCCAUACUUACUAGAAGGGUCAGAAGCAAUCGCCGCGGUUCAGCGAUCAAGUCGCCAUGGUUUGCUUUACUUCCACGAUAUACCUCACAUCGAGUCACUACUCGCCAACCAGGAACUUAGGAUCCAGAACAAUUUGAAACCUCAUAGGAUAGGUAGCAUACGCCAAACAUGGCCCUAUAACAGACCCUAG